AACACAACAAUUCCCGUCAGACAACCGUCGCCGACACUAGCUAAUUACCAGCAGCAAAAAACUUAGCCGAAUUAUUGCUUCGUCAUGCGGCGGUAUCAAAAACUAGCGAAGCAGCAGUUAUGCUUAUUGCCUGCACCUCCAGUUAACGACCUGUACAGUUGCGACCAGCUAUUGCUGAGUUAUUUGUUUAUGUGUUUUCCACGAGAUUAACGCGAUUAAGAACCAAAAAUGCCGUUGUAUGCCGUUGUCCUUCUUUCGCUAGUGUGUAGUGUGGAAUUUUUAUCAGCCCAAGAUUUCGGUUCCGGGAAUGGCAACACAAACGGCAACCUGCAGCCGGUUGGCUUUCAGCCCAUGAGUUUCCAGCCCCUACCCGGCUUCGGCUCCUCCGCAUCGUCACCGGUGGCCGGCAGCGCGCCAGUGUCCGGUGGCAGCAGCAGCGGAAGCGCCCCGUCACCUUCACGCGGCAGUAGUAUUAACAGCAACACCGACGACUGCUCGUCCUCCCGGUCUGGCUGUGCGGCGCCCUCGCCGUCCUCCUCCAGCUCCCGAUCGCGAGGACCCUCACAAGGCGGAAGCAGCAGCCCGGGGGCGUCCGCGCCCUCCCCCUCCCUCGCCGGCACCUCGCAGUCCGGCUCCUUCGGCGACCACAUCCGGCAGACCAUCCAGGACCAGCUCAACUUCCAGUUCAACAAGGCCGUCCAGGGAACCGGGACUCCCAGCUUCGGCAGUGGCACGUCUCGCAGCGACAAUUAAUUCUUGUUUUUUGAUCAAUGCAGUGGAUGCUUAAGAGCGUCUCAAGAUCUUACAAUUAUUUAUAACAUUUAUUUUAACUAUGCCGAAUAACCGCUUUGGGCAUACGCUGCACUCUCUCAACUAUGCGCUUAUUCGUUAUCGGGUGUUCCAAUCAGACAUUUGUUAUUUCAAUACUCGA